CACGUAGCCCACCUCGUCGUCCUCGAUCGCUUUCUCAUUGCUGUAUGCUUGAAGUCUUGUCACGACGACAGUAAGACCUUGCUCGUUUCUCACCACCAUCAUUGAAAGGAUUGACCACGACGGGUGUAUCGACAUUCACAGACGAUAUACCAGACCAACAGUCACUGUUGAAGCUCAAACACACGAAAACCCCACAGAAUCAUACCCAAGCGCCCUCGUUGAUCGAAACUGUGCUCGAAGCCUGUCACUGCAUUGUAUCAUCCAUCCUUCGCCGCAGCCAAGCAGAACUACAGAACAUACCCCAACGAAGCCUCACAACGCCGUCAACCUCACCCAGCUCCCACAACAUCUAACCCCGCGCCACCAACGCGAUACCCGCUCUUCAUCGCCAGUCACGACAUCCUUGCGAGCUCAUUUCAUUUGCCGCGCUCCAGUUUUGGGUCUCCGUACCGGUGGCCUUUCAAACAGGGUCGUGUUUGUGUUGCCGCUGAGCGCCAAAAGAGGAGCCCGCUUCGCGCCCUCGGUUCCCGAUUUAGCACUGCCUCGCCCUAUCAACCCCUGCACAUCGCCGUUUGACGCAGGCGUUCUUCAGCACCAACAAGGCCAAACUCCAGCUGCACUGAGAAGCCUCCAGGCUUUUAAGGUCGCUCAUUUCCGCCUGUUGGGAUAUCCUGCCUCGUCAUCUCUAGCCCGGUGUUGGAUUCCUUUUUUUUCCUUUCCUUUUUUGAACGAUACUCUCAUAAGCCUUGUUAUUCGAACUCCUUCGAGAAAUCUAUAAUCCUUAAUUUUAUUCUGCUGGUCAGAUUACGCCUUUUCAUUUGCGCAGCCAAAACAGUUCGUUGUUAUUCGUCAACCCCAGGUCUCGGUCCUUCUCGAAAUCCAGCGGUCAGCCUUCUUGUUAGCCUCAGCCUUGCGCACCACCCCACCACCCACCGCCAAAACGACAAUAGCAAUUGUCGCCAAUAGACAAUAGGAACUCCCAAUUGUUAAUUCCAUUCGCACGCUCAACAAUCACCUGGCUGUGUAUUGAAGUACCCAUCAAUACUAAGCCUCAUCUUAUAUCUUCUGUGGAUUUAUUUCUUCAGUAGAUACUUUCCUCUUUUUCGCACACCGACAUUUUCUGGUUAGCUUUGAACUUCAUUUUCUCACUUUCAGCAUUCAAAGUACCAGCAUUUUCACGAAUCAUCUACCAACAUCUCGCAAUGGAUUCCACACGCUGUCACCAACACCAGGCUGCUGCCCUCGAGCACUUCGUCUGUACUCCAGUUACAGAGGAUAUGAUUUCAUACCUCGCCGAGAUGGCCCAAGCAGUCAUUCAGUGCGAGACUUUCCCCACCACAGAACAGGUUCAUCUUCAACAAACCCCCACACCACCAACGACGCCGCCACCAACAUUAUCGGCUGCCGACCUCAAGAUCCCAUCUCUUGAACAGUUCAUCACUUCCCUCGUUAUUCACUCAAACGUCCAAGUCCCGACAUUGAUGACCACUCUUUUGUACCUUCACCGUCUCAAGAAGAAGCUCCCACCCGUUGCCAAGGGUUUACGAUGCACGACUCACCGCAUCUUCCUCGCGUGCCUCAUCCUCUCUGCCAAAUUCCUCAACGACUCCUCGCCAAAGAACAAACAUUGGGCCGGAUAUACCUCGGUACCUUCGACGUCGUAUCAAGAUUUCUCCCAAUUCGGCUUUUCCAGGAAUGAGGUCAAUCUCAUGGAGAGACAGCUCCUUUACCUUUUGGAUUGGGAUCUCAACUUUGGUCUCGCCGAGCUUGAGGGCCACUUUGAGCCCUUCUUGGCUCCCAUCCGCAAUGCCAUCGAAGAAGAUAGACAGAUCAAGAUCCGCCAUCGCGAGUACCUGGCUCAACGUGAGGCGGAGCGCAACACUCUGAGAAUCGCACGCCCUGCCCUGGACGACUUCAGUGUUCGCACCGAGGCAAGUGAGCCAACAGUGGCACAGCCAAGAGCCAUGUACAACUCGGCAAAGGCAUACAAGGCCGAGUUCCUCAAGCGUCGCACACCAUCUGCAUCGGAUAUCCCCGAUCUCUCCCGCAGCGGCACCGCCGAUACCACCGGCUCGUACAGCAUGGGAUGCUACUCCGGGCACUCAUCUCGCGAGUCCAGCCGCAGCCGAUCAAACACCCCGAUAUCACGGAUUCCAUCCAUCAACUCCUUCCAGGAAGAUCUCAAAGUGGAUAUGUUCCCCAGCCAGUCUGAUGACUACUACCUGCCAGUCGCUCCUACGAUGAGCCCUGAGCAAGUCUACAUCGCCGCUCCCACCCACGGCAAAGUCCAACCGGAUAUCACCACCAUGUACGAUAUUGAGCAAGCAACUCAGCAGUCCUCCCGCCGUGCCCGCAUGGGUAUGAGCAUGGGAAUCGGCCGCAGCCAGAACAUUAUCUCCCGCUUUCUAGGCAGCCGCAACUAGAUAGCUGGGGAGUUCAGGGGCACUACCCUUGGAUGAUGAUUUUAAUGAUACGUUUUUUCUUUUUUUGUUUUCUUUUUAGCAUCGCGAUGGCGCAUGAUGGGUAUACACAGGUACUUGGGAGGCAUAUGAAAAGGAGUCUUGGUAAUAAUGAUAUGGGACUGGAAACUUGUACUGGUCGCGGAAUAGGAGAGCUUAAUGGUAGUACUACUACCCCAGUACAUAUGGUAGAAAUACAAC